AAACACCUCUGUUGUCAGUUGGGUUUGUUGUUGAAAUGAAAUGAAAUUUCGUUUCCAGUCCGAUCAUUUCUCAGCUCUCCUCGUGUCGGAGCUGAUUCAUUCCCCUCAAUCCAACUUCUCCUCAUUUCCCAAAGCUGAGAAAACGACAGUGUUACCAAAACAGACGUGUGUAAUCUGUGUGUGUGACGGCGAGUAAAGAGCCGACAGUACUUUUUUUUUUUUUUCUGUCUUUCUGUGAAAGGAACGUUACAUAUGUUGGGAGUAACGAGCCCGACGCUGACGAGCGGGCUGUGCGUCUUGGAGAGGGCAGGGACGCCGGAGACGCGCACACGGCAUCAGCAUCAGCGCAGUCUGUUUGGAGCCACCGGUUGAGAUCAUUCAACACUCCCGACUGUCUGAGCGGGCUGUGGGAUACAAAUCGACGACCUCCGUCUCAGCCGAACCCCCUCCUAAAACCCGAGCAAACGAUGGACAUCCUCGUCGCCCCCUUAAACAGCCACGAAAGCGUCGGAUGAGUGAAAUCGGAGAUGCUGCGCACCAGGAUCCUGGAGCUCCUCUGAACAGGGCUGUGUGUGUGUGUGUGUGUGUGUGCGUGUGCGUGUGUGUGUGCGCGUCGGGCUCGCCGUUUACCUCCGGACUGCACUCGCCAACUUCCCCCGCUUUCCAUCGAGUCAUGUCUGAUACAGAGCGAUGGGCAAGUUUGACGACAACGAGAGGAUAAUCCUCAACGUCGGGGGCACCAGGCACGAAACCUACAAGACCACCCUGAAGACCCUGCCGGGGACGCGACUGGCCCUGCUCGCCUCCGACUCGGACAUCGACUCCGUGCUGGAUCAGCUGCAACAAGUCCCCGGCUUCAUCGAGUACAACGCGCGGACCAACGAGUACUUCUUCGACCGCCACCCGGGCGUAUUCGCCUACGUGCUCAACUACUACCGCACCGGGAAACUCCACUGCCCGGCGGAUGUGUGCGGACCGCUGUUCGAGGAGGAGCUCUCCUUCUGGGGCAUCGAUGAGACGGACGUGGAGCCCUGCUGCUGGAUGACAUACCGCCAGCACCGGGACGCGGAGGAGGCGCUGGACGUGUUCGAGCUCAACGUGGACAACGGGGACGAGGACGACGAGAUAGGGAAGAGGCUCGGCAUUGAGGACGUGGCCGCCGACGGGAACGUCAGCCUGUGGAGGAAGUGGCAGCCGGUGAUCUGGAAUCUAUUCGAGGAUCCCUACUCCUCCCGGGCGGCGAGGUUUAUUGCCUUUGCGUCUUUGUUCUUCAUCCUUGUCUCCAUCACCACCUUCUGCUUGGAGACUCAUGAGGCUUUCAACACCAUCAUCAACAAGACUGAGCUCAUGCGGAAUAGCAGCGUGCCGGACUCAGGCCCGCAGUAUGAGAUCGAAACUGACCCUGCGCUCACCUACGUGGAGGGUGUUUGUGUCUUCUGGUUCACCAUCGAGUUCCUGGUGCGUGUGACCUUCUGCCCGGUCAAGUUGGAGUUUGUAAAGAGUGUACUCAACAUCAUCGACUUCGUUGCUAUCCUGCCCUUCUACUUGGAGGUAGGGCUCAGUGGCCUUUCUUCAAAGGCUGCCAAGGAUGUGUUGGGUUUCCUCAGGGUGGUGCGCUUUGUUCGUAUCCUGCGUAUCUUCAAGUUAACACGUCAUUUUGUGGGGCUAAGGGUGCUUGGCCACACAUUACGGGCUAGCACCAAUGAAUUCCUGCUGCUCAUCAUCUUCCUGGCAUUGGGAGUGUUAAUUUUUGCAACCAUGAUCUACUACGCCGAGCGAAUCGGCGCCAAGUCCAAUGACCCAACUGCCAGUGUCCACACCAAGUUCAAGAACAUCCCCAUUGGCUUCUGGUGGGCUGUAGUAACCAUGACAACAUUGGGCUAUGGCGACAUGUAUCCAGAGACCUGGUCAGGCAUGGUCGUGGGCGCAUUGUGCGCCUUGGCUGGUGUGCUGACGAUAGCCAUGCCUGUGCCUGUUAUUGUCAAUAACUUUGGGAUGUACUACUCUCUGGCCAUGGCCAAGCAGAAGCUGCCCAAAAAGAGGAAGAAACACAUCCCUCAGAUGGUGCAGGGAGGGUCCCCCACCUACUGCAAAGCUGAUCUCAACACUACCUGCAACAGCACUCAAGGUGACCUGUGCCACCACAAAGGGAGCAGGGUACUAGAACGCAACCGCUCAGUGCUGUCAGCAGACUGCAGCGGGGGCAGUGACCUGACCAUGUCUCCAGAGGAGAGGGUCCCCAUGCGAAGGUCCAGCACCCGGGAACAGGACCGCCGGAGCGGGGGGACGUGCUUCCUGCUCGCUGCUAGUGACUACUCCUGCCCGACAGAUGGUGGGCUAAGGAAAACAGGCUAUGAGAAAUCCCGGAGCUUAAACAACAUAGCGGGCUUGGCUGGUAACGCCCUGAGGUUGUCUCCCGUGACCUCGCCCUACGGAUCGCCCUGCCCGCUGCGGCGCUCUCGCUCCCCUAUCCCCUCCAUCCUGUGAGACGUCCAGCCCCUGGGCCACUUUCGGCCCAAACCGCCCCACAUCCCACCCCCAGACAAACCACCUCCCUUUGGUAUUAUAUCGGAACUUUGUUCUAGAUAUUGUGACUAGUGGAUAAGUACUUAACUUUGUAGCUAAGACUGAUGUUAGCAGCUUGGGCUGCCUGAGCAACUCCUCUCUUCCCCCCCCUUUUCCUCGAAGGUACAUGUGCUUAGCUUACAUCCUUAAGUAACUAGUCGGUUCUCCUGUGUCACUUUCCUUUAGUCGGAUGUUGUCAUUCUUUGAGACUUGCAAUAAAAGAACUCUCGACCAAUGGCUUCAGAAGUAGCAGCCAUAACAUUUCAUAAAGGACAAAUAAUUAAUCAGGGAUAUUAGAUGUCGCUAUAUUUAGAUACCUUAAAAAAAAUUAAAAAGACGUGCUUCCAACUUAACAAAAAGAAGAAAGAAAGAGAGAUGUCACUUCAUUUUUAACCUCACACGACUGUGACUUUGUCUUUUGUUUUGCUACUUUGUUUUUUUUUUCGGGACGGAGAUGGAAGGGACGGGCGUCGGGACGGAGGAUCUGUCUUUCAGGACUGUUUUUUUUUUUUUUUUUCUCGACUCACACGAGCACACACGUACAGUCAGUCACUUGUCACCCAGUCAGUCACUGCCGGGCCUGCUCAUUUCCUUGCAUGGAUCAUCCUGUAACCAUCGUCUGCAAGCAAUGUGGAGAGGGGAGGAGGGACAAGCAGACAGUGAGGAGAAGAAGAUACAUGCGUAUAUAUCUAAAUAUAUAUCUGAAAGAGUACUUUUUUAUUUAAUGUUAUUAUGUUGGGGUUUAGGGGGCUACACUCGACAUGUAUUGUGUCUCAUUUUGCCAUUCGCCAACAAUCCACCUAUAGGAGACUCAAAGCAAAGAAAUUCCAUCCGGACGUUCAUUUUCUCUCUGCACGUAUGCUGCUAUUUUGCAAUUAACGUUCUCCCCCACUUCCUUUAUGGUUUUUCUUUUUUUUUUUCUUCCUUUGAUGGAGUGCCACCAAAGUGCUGUUUUGUCUCUGGUUGUUUGCUCACAGAAAACUGCAAAGAGGUUGUCUUUACUGGUUUCACACAAGCAGAGAGCAGUGUUCUAUCUUAAUGGCUUGAGUGGGGGAAAGCACCACCGUGGCGGAAAGGUAAACCUUCUGAGCGGGGGCCCGCGUUGCCAGCGCGUAACCCUCUCACCUUUUGGUCCUGAAUGUAUUCAUCAGCGUGUGUGUGUGUGUGUGUGUGUGUGUGUGUGUGUGUGUGUGUGUGUGUGUACUCCAACGGGGGUCAUCCAAUAAUCCUAAGAAGAGAUACCUGCUGAGACAAGCGCAGACAAGCAUGCACUCUUGAUGGCACCAUUAAAGACGCUGCUUGUAGCAUUUUAAUCAGCGGAUAAUUACCACACUAAUGUCGAGACCGAAGGAUAAUUAAUGUAAGCAAACGACACUGUCUGUAAUUUUGCAUCACAUGCCGCCAGGUUUGGCUUUGAAAUUUGCAUGAUUCACACCGCGAGAGCAGAUUUGUUUGUUUGUCCGGAUACGUGACUUUUUCUCCACUUCUGCUCUUUUUAACGGCACAGUUCACGCCUGAUAUGAGCCGCCACCAAGGGCUACUCACUGCUCCCAAACCCCCCAACCAGACAGACUAACCUGAACCCCCUUAGAACAGUUCUCAUAUCAAGUCUCAUAUUAAAGGUGCAAUAUGUAAGAAUUUCCGUGAAACAAACUUAAAUGAAUGAACUUAAAUGAUCCACAGAAUGUGGAAAUCACAUUUUUUAGUUAAUGUGUUCCGCUGUGUUCCAGAGACCCACUGAAGUUAGCAUGCUAACCAGCUAGCUCCAGUCUGUGUCAUUCCAAAGCUCCUUUGCAAGCAAUAUAAACGGCAAACACUCCCCUGGUGCCCUGAGCUCCCAGUCUGGAGCACCACAUGCAUGGCUAACCGAGCUAACUGGCUAACAGCAUCUACAGUUAUCAGCAGUUAGUGGUUACUCUAGUGAUAUGCCAUCAUGAGUGAAUUAUGCAGGUGGCAAGUUCUUACUUAUUGCACCUCUGAACUGAACAAGUCGUUUCCUUGUCAUUCAUUUUUCUUUCUUUUUUUUUCUUUUUUUUUUACGACAGACAUAACUUGCCUCCAUGCACCAACAGGUGUGGGACAGCAGACAUUACCAUGCAGCGACGUACCUCACCCAGUAUGUCUAUACCAGUAGCAGAUGGUUGCUUAGCAACUGGCUCGCAGCUAGAUGCAUCUUGCACAUAGCUCGGCAAAAAGUCAAACAAUUAAAAAGAAGAGCUCUCGCAAACAUUUUCUCUUUGUCUGCGCACCAGAUUAUUGAAUCACCCCCACUUAAAGCACUGCUAUAUACAGUGGAGCUUUUAUAAUUCUGGACAUUUGCUGAAAGAGCACCAUAGAUUUGUACAUUGUUGUCAUGCAUAUAUUGAAAAAACAGCCAGUGUGCUUGGCAAGUUCUUCUGAACUGAUGCUCAACUGAGACGGAUUAUGCAUUUCUGAUAUUUAGAGAUGUGUUUAUAUUUUAUUUAGACAAGUCAUUUCCUAUUUGAAUGACGGUGGGAUAAGUCAUCAGUAUGAGGACCUAUUGCAGUGGGAGGACCCCAUUUGGAGCCACAAGGCCACUCCUGCAGGACAAUAUGGACGAGGAGGCACGCAAAAAAAACCAUUGACUGUCAGCCGCCCAGACGGUGGCUCAGUGAGCGGGAGAGGAAACUCAACGAUCAAAAAGGAAAUCUUCGGAGGACACUGGAUAAGCGUUUAUCUUUCCCUGGUUUCUCUUUUUGUUUGGGAACUGUGGAGGGGAGGGGGAAAAAAAAAAAAAAAAUGAGAGCAGAGAAAAACUGGACACGUCCGUAAAGAGAGACUAUCUUGUAUAGAUAUUGCUCCUGUAAAUAAAACAACACAGCACAUCUGGGCCAAGCGGCUCCGUCCUCACAUCUGUCUUUUGAUGGCGAGUCGGGUAACACGGUGGUCGGUCGCUAAGUCGCGCCGUGACACUCGACAUCAAUCACUUUUCUUGCCGUGGUAUCCCUCCUCGCAAUAAGUGUAUUAAGAUGUAUCAGUUGAGGCACUUUGUGUUCUAAAAAUGGAGUGUAUUCCUAUAUGAAAUUCUACAUACAGUAUAAGCAGUAUACAGUAUAGAGAGACAAAAACGUGCUAAGUUGAAUAAAUGUGACACUAUGGUCAUCUCUGCUUUACGUUUCCCUUGGUAAUUUUCAGUAGGUUAAUGGCUCUGCUGUGUGUGGUAAUGUGUGUGUGUGUGCGAGCGCGCGUGUGUGUGUGUGUGUGUGUGUGUGUGUGUAUCUUAAAGACUCCAGGGUAAGAUCUGCAGUUUUGAAAGUGAGUGGACACCGAUGAGUGGACCUGAUGAUGUCACUCUUCCAGUUAGCUCUAGCACAAACAUGAGGGAGACAGAGCCCCCCCAUCCCCCCCAGCGAUGCAGCCGCCAUUGUAGAAGUCCCCCUCCUCCCGCCCGCCCGCCCGCCGCACAUCGUAACAUGCAACUACCCUGCAUUAGUGCUGCAGAUGUGUGCGUCUCUUCACAAACCAAAAUUAUUCUUACCACACUAUUCCUCAUAACACCUGGUGGCUAAAAAGAAAAAAAAAAAAAACUGCAUAACUUGAUUCUUCCAAACUUUUCCCCCCUCGUGGGGGUCGGAGCAAAAGUGUAGCAGAAGUUUACCAAGUUAUCAAGCGGGACUUCUAGAACGGCUACGUCUGCACAGUAGCAACCCCCGUGUACCCAAAACAAUCAGAUCGGAUUUGCAAUAAAGCACCCGAAAAAAAAAAGACCUAUAAAGCGCCGAUCCACACUGUGAUUUCAGCAGCCCGUUUUAAAAACAAGACAAGGAAAAAGAAGACGGUAAAAUGCGGCUCUCAAAAAAAAAAAAAAGCCGCCAGUAAAGGACUGGCAGGUGGCACAACGUCUGUGACAUGACGCGAAAACCUGCGCAGCCGUCGGCUAGCUGUCAAGCGUCACCCUGUACCCACAAUCCUCCUCGUGUAGUACACACGCUGCUUUACUCUUUGAAUUGACAAAGGGGUUACCGUUCUUUGUGUAUUUUUAGGAUGACGUUGUGACUUGAGAAAAAAAAAAAAAAAAAAAGAAGGAAAAAAAAAAAGUGUUUAUUUUUUUGAAUCCAGAACAUGUAUUUUUGUGUCUUACUGUUGAGUACAUUGCUCUUACCUGUAAAAGUCAUGGUAGUCCGAUGCUGUGCUGUCUCCAUCGUGUCCUCGAACUGUCAGGCUUUUGAUCCGAAGUUUCAUGUUUUGUAUGUUUUACUGUGAGGAGAAAAGAAAAAAAAAAA